ACAUAAAUUUAAUUAAAAUAAUCUUGUAUGAAUAUAUACUGUACAUACUUUUAUUUAAAUAAUGGUUCAAAUAUAUCAAAUUUUAGUAUGGAUAAAUGGCCGACCUUUGAGGCUACUCUUGUGCAUGUAGCCGAGAAGGUCUUGCAACUUCUUGCGCCUGAGGUUUUCGCUGCCGUCAAGAGUGUUGUUGGAGAACAACCUCUGAUGACAGAUUUUCCUCAGGUCUUGCCAGACCGGGAGGAAAACCAGGCUGGACAGGUUGUGGUCGUGAACGGUCGUGACGUCGGGCAUGGAGCGGUCGGAGAACAAGGCGUCAUGGGUGUGAAGGAUCUCCUUCACCAUGGCGGCCGAGGAGACGAUCACGGUCGUCUCCCGGCCGGCAAUUUGCACCCGCAUUACGGGCCGUACUCCUCCGCGAGCUUCGCCAAUGUCUGUUGUGGCUUGUGGAACAAGUCCGAGAGGUUGGAGAUGAGGAGCAGUGAUAUCGUCGGUGGUGACGACGAAAUAUCAAAGGCGUCAAUGGUAGGUUUCGUUUGUAACAGUGCGGCGGAGCAGAGGACGGCAGUGGUGGAGAUUCAAGUGAUAGUGACAGCUGACAGGUAUGUGGCGGCGAUGAUGGCGGCAGUGGGCAUCAUCGACGACGACAAUUGCGGCAGUGAGCGUCGCUGUCGGUAGCAUGCUAUUGUGAAAUUGACCGUUUUUUUAGUUUUGAACUUGGCCACCACUGGUAUUGGCCGCAAAUGCAGUGCGUGUGGGGAGCAUUUUUUGUUUUAUUAAUUAAAUUAGAGUAAAUUCU